AUGCGGAGAGCGAAUAAGAGCGUGAAGUUGCUUUCCGGCUGGCCGAGGCAAUGUUUCAACAAGAUUUUGGACGACGAGAUCUUUGGCGCCAAUGUGGACCGCAUUUCACAAGUUGCGGAAGACCUUUUUAACGUCAAGGACCCAAUCGGCAACACGUUUUCAAAGGCAACUGUGGGAGUACUCGCGCGCGCGUUGACGUUGACAGUCAUCGUUCCGUACCAGAGACUGACCGAAGGGUCGUCUCGUAAAGAAGCAAGUACGCGAGCUUUGUACCGAGGGUUCCAGCGUCAGUGUUUUAAGGAGUGCGUCUUUACCGCUUCGUAUGUGAUUAGCUCGGACUACUUCGCCAAGAGUCUGCUCAAAUACCGACCUGCGUUACGUGCGAGUGUCCACCAAGUUUACCAAUACGGACUCUUUAGGUCCCUGUCGGCGAGUCUCUGCAGCUGCUCGCUCCCCGCCGCUUUGGCUGCCGUCCAGGGAAACAAGCCCGGCGCCGAUGGCAAGUCCGCCGGCAAGACCAGCGGCACUGCCGGCAAGACCAGCGGCACUGCCGGCAAGACCAGCGGCACUGCCGGCAAGACCAGCGGCACUGCCUGCAAGACCAGCGGCACUGCCGGUAAGGCCAGCGGCACUGCCGGCAAGGCCAGCGGCGCUGCCGGCAAGACCUGCGGCACUGCUGGCAAAACUGCCGGCAAGGACGCCUCCAAGACCGGCACCCUGCCCGUCGAGGAAAAGAACGUGGACCGCACCACCAACGUGCUUCUCGCAGCCGCCAAGGCCGCCGCCGCCGGUGCGCUCUCCACUGUCGUCACCGCCCCCAUCGAGUACUACGGCCGCCCCGCCAACCGCGCCGUCUCCACCACCUGUCGCAAGGCCGCACGCAAGUCCUGCUACAACGCCGUCAACACCACCAUCAACAAGUCCCUCCAGGCCGGCAUGUACCAUAGAGUCCUUUUCGCCAAGCUCAACCAAAUGGCAUGA